GAGUGUCUGCGCUGCGUGGGCAAAGUCUUUGUCCGGAUCCCGGAGCCUCUUUAAGAAGGGGGAGGAGUUGUGAGGUUGUUACUGCCGCGUUUCUUUACGCGCCCCCCAUGUUUGAAUGGAAAGUCCAAGAUGGCUGAAACCCGAGGGUGGUGUGUGCCCUGUUUAGCGUCGCUCGAAAUUCUGCAGGAACUGUGUCGAGGCGAAAAACUUACCUGUUCAGAACUUGGAAUCGACAAAAGAAAUCUGGAAGAAUAUGAAGUGGAAUAUCUCUGUGGAUACAAAAAAGACAAGGGUAAGGAAUAUUACCUGGUAAAGUGGAAGGGAUGGCCUGAAUCAACAAACACCUGGGAGCCAAGGAGGAAUCUUCGAUGUGUCGGACUUGUCAAGCAGUUUCAAGAUGAUCAAAGCAAAUUCUUGCAAAAGGUGAAAGCAGCAAAAAGACUAAAAUUAAACAACUGUACAGAUUACAAAUCUACAGUUGCAGAGUAUAUUGUAAAGAAAUCGAAACAAAGAUUAGCGCUCAAAAGGUGGGAAGAAGAACUGAACAGGAAGAAGAAUCAUCGAGGUAAAAUCCUGGUGGAAAAUGAAGUGGACUUUGAACCUCCCCCUUUGGACUUCCAUUAUAUUAACCAAUAUAAACCCUCUCAUGGAAUCAAUUUGAACAGUGAUGCUUUGGUCGGCUGUGAGUGUUUGAACUGUUUGGAGGAGAAAUGUUGUCCAGAAGAAGCAGGGGCACAAUUUGCUUACAAUGUUCACCGGCAGCUUAGGAUUGCGCCAGGCAAACCCAUCUUCGAAUGCAAUUCUUGCUGCAGUUGUGGUCCCCAGUGUCCAAAUAGAGUGGUUCAGAAGGGGACGCUAUAUGACCUCUGCAUCUUCAGAACUUCAAAUGGAAGAGGUUGGGGCAUAAAAACCCUCCAAAAAAUAAAGAGGAAUAGUUUUGUAAUGGAAUAUGUUGGAGAGGUAAUCACGAGUGAAGAAGCAGAGAGGCGAGGGAAGUUUUACGACAGUAAAGGCAUCACCUACUUGUUUGAUCUAGAUUACGUGGAGGAUGAGUACACUGUAGAUGCUGCAAGAUUUGGAAAUAUUUCGCACUUUGUGAAUCACAGUUGUGAUCCUAAUCUUCAAGUUUACAAUGUUUUUAUCGAAAGUUUGGAUACUCGCUUCCCAAGGAUUGCACUAUUCUCAACACGUUCUAUAAAAGCUGGGGAAGAGCUUACCUUUGACUAUCAGAUGAAAGGUUCAGGUGAUGUCUCCAUUACUGAAACCUCUGAAGUCAACAGCCCACCCAAAAGACAGCCCAGGAUUGAAUGCAAGUGUGGAUCUAUAUCCUGCAGAGGAUACAUGAACUAACAUAUCUGCAAAGAAGAAAAAUGCAUUUGUUUUUUUAGAUAGAAAUAUGUUGACUUUUUUUUUUGUGUGUGUGUGUAUGUCCUGAUUCCAUCAGAACUCUUGGGUAAUGACAUUUGGGAAAGUUGAAAUAUGCAGCCAUGUGGUGAAUUUGUUGAUACUUGUUGGAAAGCAGAUCUGUGGGAUGGUUUUUAUAGGAGAAAUAAUUGUUCCCCUCUUACGUCAAAUCAUUGAUACUGUUAGUAACCUGGGUACAAGUGGUCACUGACCAACAUUGUUAUAUGAUGAUAGUGCAGCCGCACCCUGUUUUAGCAGAGCACUCUCUACCCUUUUAUUUUGAAAGAAAAAUUACAAUUUUGAUUCAGAAUCGUUCAGGAAGGUCCUCCCACUUUUCUCCAGUGGAUGUAUGCUUGUUGAGUUUCUACCCAAAUUUGCUAAACUGAAUAAAUAUAGCCUUUGGCCAGACAGACUGCUAACAUUCUAUAUUCCAGAAGUAUCGGCAAAGAUCCAGCGCGUUUUCCUCCUCAGUUAUAAUGGAGACGACACCUCUGUGUAGUUGCUUCCAUGUAAUAUCCAUACUGUACAAAUUACAAUUCUACUAAGAUGAAGUUUUUAAUGAACCAAUUAUGCCCAAAUAAUUAGUACCUCCUUUAAUAUCGAGGAGAAUGAGUUUACCAAAGCUUAGAAAAUAAGCAGUGUGUGUGUAUACUUCAGAUGGAGAAUGUCCACAAUAAUUAUGGGGCAUUUGGCAAAUUGUUAACUUGCAGGGUUGGAGCCCAAAGUUAAGCAAGACAGUGUCCUAUGUAAUCUUUCAGUGAGCUUGUUUUAAGUUUGUGUUUCGAGGUCAUCACAUCUGUAGGCCUUAAAGUAACAGUACCUUUACAGAAGUUUGAAUUAUUGUCAUACUAUAUUCAGACACUAUUAAACAUUAGCCUCAGAGUUUAUCCCUAAGGGUAAUAGGUGAGUCAGCCUGUGUAACAGAAAUGCAAUUGUAGAGUUCUUUUAAGAAAAUGUAAUGAUCGUUUUUAAUAGGAGUGGGGAUAUUUGAAGCCACAAGAGUAGCAAUCACAGCUACUGGUACUUUUGUCUUUCUCCCCACACUCCCUGCCCCCUAGGUUUAGGUUUUUAAAUACAGUUUAGGCAAAAUCAUUGAAGGUACCUGUUUAAUUGAGCUUUUUUCCAAAGAUUUUGAAAUGCGUGAUAACCUACAGAGGAUUUUUUGAUACAUGCUUUGUUUUUUUUUUUACGUGCUUUUUUUUUAAAAGUCCUAUUGUGCUUAGGGGAGUGCUCUCCUUAAAACAGUAGCCAUAUUAAAUUUGCAGCUUGAGUUUGAAUAAAACGUGGAACAUCAAAGAGGCAUUAUAUUGUGAGAUUUUUUUAAAAAAGUUCCAGAUUGAGUUAUUAUAGUUUUGAGUAACAGCCCAAGUGACGACUAUUUUAAAAAUUCCAGCCAGCGAGCCUGUCGGGCAAAUUUUAAACUUCCCUGUUCUUGGUGUGAGCUCAGCAUCAGCCCUAUUGGUGAUCACGUGAUGGAACAUGAUAAAACCGUCUAUCCUUCCAUACAGCGUGUACAGUGUUACUGCUUCAGGAAGAUGUGUGACAUGAGAGAACGCACAUUUAAGGGUGGCUUCAAUUGAGCAGUUAAAUUUUUUUUUACCUGAUUUUGUUUUUUAAAUUGCACUGUCAAAUACUAGACAGCUUUAUCAGUCAUCUUGCAUAGCAAGGUAGUUGGAGUCAUUACCCAGAUGCCCCUUAAGCACUAUAAAUGUGCUGAAUACUCCUACAUCAUUUGUAGAUACCCAAGCUACCAAAAUGUAGUUUUGAGGUGAUACUGAGCAGCCCUUCAAGCAGCAGGUUCCUUUAUUAUGGAGAGAAUAUACUGUACUUCACCCAAAACAAAUGCUCGCCUUCACCUUUGAUCCUUUGAACUGAAAGCUACUACUUGAGUGGUAAAGUUUUGGUAUAUUAAUAGGGAAUUUUGAAAUUAAUAAAUCGACAUGAGAGGAAGGCUUUUUAAGCAAGACUCCUAUCUAACAAAGGGUGAAUGGUGGAUGAUCCCAUGGCUUUGAUGUGUUGGUAGCAUUGGAGUUCCAUAGUCUGGGAGUUAUAUAGCCUGAAUUGAUUAUCAAGAAAAUAAAGUUCAAAAUUGACUUAUAUUUUUCUUACUUUUUGUAGGAUUGUUUCAAGUCUUGUAUAUGUCUUUGUACUGAGCUGUGAAUUGAAAACUGGUGCUGUAGAAUAUGUUUGCUCAAAUUAAUAAAUGUCCAAUGUUUCAAGUU